CCUAGAAAGCAAACCGUUAAAUAGCUAACAGCGUAACAUUCUUGGAAGAAGGGACAUCGAACACUUGAAACAAUCCUUUAUAGUAUUCCUUUGGCUGCAAACUCGACCUCCUAUGACGAAGAAACGCGACCCUUUAGAAAAUCCACCUGCUGCAUCUUCAAGCGAUGAUGCUUCUUCGUCGGAAGAAGAAGAACUCCCCGUCAAAGCUCCUUCCUCCUCCGCCGCACAACAAGCCUCCGAUAUAGAUUCUGGAUCUGAAACCGAGACCGAUUCCGACACCGAACAACCUCCGAAUCAGCGAUCUGGAAAGGCUAUCGUAGCCUCCAAGAAGGACAAGUCAGGAACGAAGCGUCCGAGCGAAGGGACUUCAAGGGACACGAACUCGAAACGGGCGAAGAAGAUAGGAGAAGAUUCAAAGAAGCCUGCUUUCCAGAGACUAUGGACUGAAGAAGACGAGAUCGCUGUCUUGCAAGGUAUGAUCGAUUUCAAGAACGAUACAGGGAACUCCCCUUACGACGACACUAAUGCUUACUACGAUUACAUCAAGAAAUCUAUUAGCUUUGAGGUUAGUAAGAACCAGUUCAUGGAUAAGCUUAGGAGCUUAAAGAAGAAGUAUAUGGGUAAAGAGAAGCCUUCUUUUACCAAACCUCAUGAUCACAAGUCUUAUAGAUUGUGCAAUUACAUCUGGGGACCUGAUGGGAUGGGUCUUGACACUGCUGUUAAGUCCAACGGUGUGUCCAAAAAGAAGACCAAGAAGCUUGCCGAUGAUGAUGGUAAGAGAGUGUUGGUUCGUGCCGACGAGAAAUCUGAUUGGUUUGAGAACUCGUUUCUUGUUAGAGGGAUUGCCGCUUUUGGUGUUGAUGAGCAUUAUGUCAAACAGAGAUGGAGCUUGGUCCCCGUUGAGACCAAGAAGAGAGUUGAAGAGAAGGUUAAGAUGCUGCGGGCUAAGGAAAUUGAGUUUCUGUUGCAGAAGGCUAAGAUUUUGCAUGAAGUUACCUCUAUGAUCGCUGAAGCAUCCAAGAACAAGCCAUUCGAAUGAUAGAUUCGAUUGGGUUUCAGUGCCAAUGUCUAUGCUGUUAUUUCAACUUAGCAUUUACUUUCUCUUCUUUAUGAUCUACUUACUUUGUAAUUUUCUGGUUUAUUUUGAUCGCUUUCUCUCAUAUUAAACCCUCUUUAUUGGAUUUGUUGCUUACA